AUGACCACCAUGGGGGAGCCUGCCUUUGGUGGGGGCCAUAGUGUUCCUAAUAGUGCAGGUCACUCGAGUGCCCGACCUUCAGAUAUUCCUUGGACUCCUUACAGUGCUGUUUCAUCAUUUAAUAUUCCAGCCCAGUACGAUUCAUCUUUGAUGACGCCAAUUACCAUGGCGCCAUCUCCAAAUAUUUCAUCAAGGCCAGCACCCCCAUUCAGAGAUAGAGGCAUCAAGUUGUCACCAUCCAUGGAAUCCCCAGACUAUCCACUAUUUGGUGGGGACACGAAUGACUUUGAAUCAAGACUCGGUACUGCCCCUAUGAAGCUCAAAAGGCCACGUUCUAGUACAUCUAGGAUCCCGACCGGCGAGCCCGAUUAUCCAACUUCUCCAGCCCUUUUCUGUCCAUCUCCAUACUAUGGCGCUUUUGGAGUUUCGGCUACCCCAAAAUCGGGACGAUCAGCUGAGAUGAUAUCCCCAAAUAUGAAUGCCAGCCCUCAAAACACAGCGUCAAGUGCUAUGAGCGCCGAUCUUCGGAUAUCACGUCAUGCCACACCAGCUCAAAGUCCAGCGAGUUACAGAGUAAACAACCACGCACCAAUACUGAUCGCUCCGAAUCCCACCACACUGCGACCAGCAACCAGACCUGUAGAGAUGCCACAUAAAAACGGUCUACCAUAUGGUCGCCAUGAUUCAAUGAAUUCUAUGCAUUCCAUUUCUACAUCAACAAGCCCUUUUAAUUCGACACCACAUCUAUACCCCGAUCAACAGCUUGCUCCUCUUCCUGCCCGAAGGAAGAGGAAGGAUCGUUCCGCGCAACUGGAUGUACAGUUUGUGUACUCUGGGGAGCUUAGCCGUGAUGACCAAGUUCUCAUGCGGCUCUCAGAAGCCGACCUCUCUUGGAAAGACAUUGCUAAGCAGUUCAAUGACAUUACAAGCAAGAAUUUGAAAGUGCCCGCUCUGCAAAUGCGCAAGAAGCGGCUCUGUGAACGUCUACGUAUUUGGACCGACUGCGAGGAGCGAGCUUUGACUCUCGCUUUGGAAGACUACGAUAAAGCGAAAUGGGAGGAAAUUGCAAAAGGCAUGGUGAGGCAUGGAGUCAAGGAGAAAUGGAGCAAGGAAGCCGUGCAAAGAAAAUUCAACGAGAUGUUUGAUCCCGACGAUCGAUCAUACGGACCAGAGUAUGCACUAUCCCGACAGCCGGAACAGAUGCACUUUGACGUGAAGAUGGAGCCACGAACUCCGUGGCCAAAUCAUGAUGACAGGGACAAUGCCAUUCGCAGUUUCACGGACGAUGAGCAAACAUUAGUAGGCGACUCGAGGAGUAGAACUGCAAGUGAUGCCAGUUCAUUGCAUUUCCAGCAGCACCAACAUCAGCAGAUGAUGUACGCACAACAACAGCACCAGCAGCAGCAUCAACAGAACCAUCAGGAGGUAUGGGCAUGA